AUGUUGGGUAAUAAGGAGCAGGUUGAUAAACAUGUUUAUCAUCUUCUUGCUAGAUGUUGUAAUCUUAACGAGAGAAAAUCGAAGGCUCUUGAGAUAGCAAAACUUUACCAUGGCGUCAGUGAAUUCACAACAGCUAAGAGUUAUGUUGAAGGUUACUUGGAGUUUAGACCCGAUUCUGUACCUGCGUACACUCUUUUGGCGAAAAUUCAGGAGGAUAUGGAUGAUUUAUCAGGAGCCUUAGGGACCUACAAGUCCCUUCGGACACUGACCAAUCUCGAUAAAAGCACUGCACUGCAUGCUUGUCUUCUGGCGCAGGAGUCACAAGAUAUUUCGGAAGUUGAGUUCUGGUCCGGUGUAGCACAAGACAUGUUUCCUUCCGAAAAAAUAACAUUUCUGUUAAAAGAAAAAGUCUUGACUCGCGGCGACAAAGUCUCAGAAUUGUUAAAACUUUUGGAAUCUCAGUUGCAAAAAGAUGAGAGUGAUUCCGAAGUCUGUAUUCGACUUGUUAACUUGCUUUGCAAGUCAGGAACUAUUGUAGAUGGAUUUUCACGCUGUUUGAACUGCAUUAAUGCUGGACGACAUAUCGGUAUUGCUGGCUGGUUUCAUAACUGCCUGAGUCUUCUGGAACCUGCAAAACUUUCCAUCUCUAAAGCAGAACUACCUUUGGAGUCGUUAUGUUUGGUUCGUGCAGUUUGUUUGAUGGAGUUGAUUCGUGUGACAUCACAAACUUCCUGUUUGUCUGAUAUGCAUCAGUUACUCAUCCAGCUAGAAGCAGUCUCUAGUGAACUUAGUAAAUUAAAAUCUAAAGGUUCAAGUAUGCUUAACGAAUUCGCUGUUAUUUGGCUUAAUUUCUAUGGUGGUGUUUAUGCUCAACGGCGUUUUAUGAAUAAAUGUACUGAGUCUUCAGAUUUUCCACACUUCCUCGCAUUCCACUUUUAUCAACGUGUAAGUAAUGCUCGACAGCCCGAUGUUACACCUGCGUCUUCCAAUAUCUCUGCUUCACUUCGACAUCAUCUUCGUCGAGAAUGUUCUUCAAUUUGUACUCAGGCUACUUACCUGGUUCACUUAUUUUCAACCUCACUUAAUAAAACAAAACCUGAUAAGGAGAACGCGAUCAGCUUGAAUACGUUAACGUGGAAGGAGCUAAUUAGUUUGACUGAUGACGUUAUGUUAUCUGAAAUCUCCACAUUGGAUAUAUAUAGUUUUGAUACAGAUGACCAGAAAUCAUCCAAAACCUUUGAAAUGCAUGGUUCCCUUGACGAAUACUUAACAUCCCCUGAUUGUUUAAAUCUUAUACUGUGGAUUUGUGCUCAACAGUUAUCAUUCUUGAAUGUAAGUGACGAGGAUUUUACUCUCAGCUUGCCUAGACUGGAAUUUCUGCUUAAAUCGGUAAAAAAACUAUUUCCCAAGUUGGAGUUUUCUUGUCCAUCACCUGUUUUUGGAUCACCUUUGAGCUUAAAUCUGAUUCAACCGCAAAUGUUGAUCAACUUUAUCAAAUCGACUCUUUCCAAAACAAACUCAAAUUACGCACAAUCUCUUAGGUCACAGUUAGCAUUUAACUCAACCAUUUCAGGUGUCGGACUCGAUUUUCUCUUCCUGCCUUUGUGUUUGAUACCUACUGUGCAACUUGCCACUUCUACACAGCGUUCAUGGUGGUCAUUACUUACCAAGAAUACAUUAGAAUUUAGUUCACAGAAUAAAUUGGAGGACGAUAAUCGUGCGUUUUUUCAGUGUGGUCUGAAUCAACUACGACUUAUAUUCCAUCCUACUCGCUGUCUAAAUUAUGAAGGUGGUAUUAUGAGUCCACCUUUUUUGUUUCGAGUUGCUCAAGGUCUCACUAAUUUAAUGAACUAUUGUUCAUUCAAUCGACUGGAAACUUUCGAAUCAUGGCCUUUACAAUACUGGUUAUUUGCUUUGAAGAAUCAUAUCUUAGGUUUUUCAGCUGAACAAAGUACUCCAGUCAUUCAAUCACACAAUGCUUCUUUUUGUUCGGGUUACAAAAAAUUUGGCACAAAUCGUUGUUUUAGUCCUAUGGUGAAUCGAAAUAUGCAGUGCAAUAAAACAGAAUAUACUGGUUCUCAUAUCUUGUUUUUAAUACCGUCAAAUUACAACAGUUGGUGUGGUGUUUCAAAUGAUUCAAAAGACAUCUCUUCUUUAUGCAUUGAAUGGUGUAAACGGGGUUGGCUCUGGUGCUUAAAUACUAUUGAAGAUUAUUUUCAGGCAGGUCGUGAAGUAAGCAAUAAUGAUAAAAAGCUUGUAAAAUUACUUAAUCGUUUAAGUGAUCAUGAUUCGUCGAUUUGUGACGCGACAGCCUAUUCACGUCUGAAUAAAAUUCUUGUUCAGUUGUCAAAAUCAAAUGAAUUUACUAGUCUUACAAAUACAGAAUCUCCAAGAAUUAAUCAUGAUCAACGAGUCAAAAGUCUACAGUCAGACCAAAAUUGUUUGCGGGUGUCACGAAAUGCCUAUCCAGUAAACGAGUCUAAUGCUUUUAAUUCUGUUUCAUCAGUUCUCAGUAGUUCAGAUACAAAAGAAAUACCUACUAUAGUUUCACCUAUAGUUCAAAUGAACAAUUCACAUCUUAAUUCAUGUUCUGUUACAACUAACAACAAAGAUACAGAACAUUUACAAGUGAAUGCAAUGAACAGUAUCAAUCAAAUUAAGACUCCUUCACAAACUUUCAUAUCACCUUCAUCGGUUAAUACUCCUAUUCGUUCAACUUAUAUAACAGCAGAAAAUCCUAACCAUAAUGUUAACUCAACUCUUACUUGUUCAUUAACAGAAUUUUGCAAAUCACUACAAAAUGCUACUGGUGUACCAUCUGUUAAUCAAAUGACAACAACAGCUUAUCGUCAGGAUUCUUGUCUAACUAAUCUAAUCAGUGUUUGGCAGACUUUAGUCAGUGGUCUGUCUUGUCAGUUAGCUGAAACAAAAGCUGAACUUACACGUAGUCGAGAGCUUAAUGAACAGUUAUCUAAGCAAUUAAAUGAGACUAGCAAACAGCUAUCAGAUGCAGUUAAUAAAUUUAUUGAAUUUGAAAAAAAUAAUCGAAUUGUUUCAACUAAGCCUUCAAUUGAUAUUACUGCACCACCAGGAGUUAAUAUGUUUGAAAAUCCAAUCCGAGAACUUUCAGUUGCUAUUAGUGAACUUCGUCAUUGGCUUCCAGAGAGUAUGGCAGCUGCUGCUUGUGCUGCUGUCGAUGCGCGCUUAACAACGUCUGUUCAAGCUCCUGUACCACCGUGUAGUCAGUAUCAAUUAUCAAGUCAUUCAGAAGUAUUAAUACAAUCAAAUAAUACGGCUAAAUCUGUCCAAGAAAAACCAAAGCUCAGUACUGUUAUUUCGUCACCCAAAUCAAAGGAUAAAGAUUUCGAACAAUCUCCCGAGGCUUAUGAACCAGAUGUACAUUUUACACCCGUCAUAGAAACACUUCCAGAUCUUGUUGAAUUGAAAAACGAAGAGGAAGAUGAACAACGUCUAUUUUGUGAACGUGCUCGUCUAUUCCAUUGGGAUAAGUCAAGUGGGAGUUGGAAAACUCGUGGACUUGGUGAUGCUAAAAUUUUAAAGAAUCCAAAAACUGGUAAAUGUCGCUUAGUUAUGAGACGUGAUCAGGUGAAAAAAUUAUGCGCAAAUCAUUUUAUUACUCCUUCAGUUAAACUAACUCUUUCAACGAAAGAUCAAAAAAUGGCUAUGUGGACAGUUAAAGAUUAUUCAGAAUCUAUGGAGGGUAUCGAUGAAUUGUUUAUGAUUCAAUUUAAAUCACCCGAAAUACUUAAUGAUUUUAGUAGAAUCUUCUCUGAAUGCACAAAAGAAACCAGUAUUGUAAAUACAUCCGUAAAGUUAAUAUCUGAUACUGUUAAUAAAUCACCAUUCAAAAAUGAUACUACUGUUGGUGUAAAAUCAUCAGGACCUGUGACAGAAAGUGUUCAAUCAACUUUGAAUGUUAAUUCUAAGCCAUUAAAAGUAGACAAAUCGAAAAACACUGUUCAAUCGACCAAACCGUCAUCGAACAUAGACCUGUCAAAGUUUGCUCCUAAAUUAGAUUCAUGGGAAUGUCCAACUUGUUUACUGUAUCAUGACUCGUCUAUUACUGUGUGUUCAGCAUGUCAAACUGCUAAACCGGGCUCUUCAGGAGAACAUUCAACUGUUACUUCUAAAUCUACUCUUUCAACAUCUUUAUUUGGUGGCAUUUUACAAAAUACUGGUGGUUUUGUAUUUGGAAAUCCAAAAGGUUCAGAGUUCAUGACUACUACCACUAAUACUACUUCUACUACUACUACUACUACUAAUGCUAAUAUUACUGAUUCUGUUGCAAUAGUCACAGCAACAGUUACAACGUCAACAACACAUAAACCUAUAUUCAGUUUUGUUGCCACCUCUCCUAAGCAACUUACAAAUGUAUUUCCUUCUAUAUCAUCAUCUCAAACACCAGUAACAAAGUCGUUCCUUUUUACUUCUCCAUUCACUACGAACUCUUCUACAUGCGCACCAUCGAUCCCUACGUUUUCUACUCCUUUAACAUCCAGUGCGUCAGCUGACGAGAAGAAGACAGUUGCACCCAGUUCAGGAUUCACUUUUUCUUUUGGUAACGCAUUAUCUAAACUGAAUGAAACGAAUAAGCCAUCGACAGUUAAUUUUUCAACUCCUACUCUUAAUAGUAGUCAUCAUAACGACGAUAAUGAUGACGAUAAAGUCGAACUUCUAGAUGAUUCGAAGUUGACAUUUAAACCUGUGCUUGAAGUUAUGCCACAAAAGAUUGAAGUUGUAACCGGAGAAGAAAAUGAUGACGUUAUAUUUUGUCGUCGCGCCAAACUUUAUCGUUGGGAUAAUAACACUUGGCAUGAACGUGGAGUUGGUGACUUAAAAUUACUUCGUUCUACGAUAACUGGUGUAAUACGUUGUUUGAUGCGUCGUGAUCAUGUUUUGAAAGUAUGUUGUAAUCAUGUGAUCGGAGCUGGUAUGCAUUUAAAACCCAUGAACACUGGAGGUGGUCGUGCUUGGAGUUGGUGGGCUAUCGAUUAUUCUGAGCAGUCUGAUGAAGCUAACAAAACGACCGAAACUGACUCGUCUGAUUUGGUUGGUGGGGGUAAACGUGAGACAUUUGCAGCUCGUUUUAAGCUUACUGAGGAUAGUGAUGAAUUUCGAUCACUUUUCGAGGAAGCUGUUCAAACGGCUGAGAACCGUGCCAAAACAUCUCAGUCAAGCGAAAUAAAACUGUCGAAUAAACAAACAGUGGAUCUAGAUCAAAAUGGUGAUGAUACGGACUCUGACGUAGUUGUCGUUGAACUUCCUUUAAAGGUCUCAGAUGAUCAAUUAUCUAGGGCUCGUAAACUUAAAUUACCUGAUGAAUUUUACAGUUUUGAAAAUGGUCACAUAACUGGUGAAUCAGAGCAUCUUACAGCACGAGAAGAAGCCGAAGAAGAUGCACUAUUAGAAGCUGCUAUAAAAAGUAACAGAGACAGUGGUACUACUACUACUACAGAACAUUCAGAUAGUGAUUCUACUGUUAAACUCACACCGACUUCUAAACAGCAAAACGUAACUACUGAGGUUCAGUGUACAAAAGCAGUUACAGCUUCUUCAUCGUCUUCCAUGUACAUCCCACAAGCCAAGGGUUUAAUUAGUUUUUCAACGUUGAGUAGUGCUGCCUCUAAAGACAGUCAACCAACAUGGGGUUCACCGAAUAAUGCUCCAACAUGGAGUAAUGUAGGUGCACAACUAUUUACUAAACCUGUCAAGGCAGCAACUGAACAAGAUGACGAAGACACAUCUGACACAGAAAAUGAUCCUCAUUAUGAACCGAUUGUUCCAUUGCCAAAACUUGUUGAGGUCAAGACUGGAGAAGAAGAGGAGCUUUGUAUUUUCCUUCGACGUUGCCGUGCCUAUCGUUAUGUUGAUAAAGUCUGGAAAGAACGUGGCGUCGGUGAAAUCAAAGUUCUUGUACAACCUCGCACUAUGCCUACAGAUGCUAAACACUUUGGACCACGUGAUGUAGUCCCUCUAGAAUAUAAAUUAACUGACAUUGGACGUGCACGUAUUUUAAUGCGUCGUGAUCAAGUUUUAAAAUUAUGCUUAAAUCAUCCUAUUAGUCAUGAAAUACCAGUGUUAAAACCAAUGGGUAAUAUGUCUGGUGGUAAUAGUCUAUGUUGGGUUGGUGAAGACUACAGUGAAGGUUCAGCUAGCCUGGAAACAUUAGCUGUUCGAUUUAAGCUUGAUACAGAUGCUGAGGAAUUUAAAGCUGCAAUCUCACGAGCACAAGCAGCGCUAAGUGAUUCAUAAUUUCAGCGAGGUAAUAAAGUAGUAUGUAUGUUGUGUAAUAUACUUCGAAAUAUAUUUUGUCUGUUCAAAAUCGAUUAACUAUGAUACUUUUUAAUGAUUUGCUUACCAAUUGAGUAAUAGCUAUUUUAAUUUGCGUGAUUAGCAUACAAAUUGGUCUCUACUUUUUUUGUAGCUAACUUAUUUGCGAAGUACAACUCGAUCACAUUUGUCUUUGCAAAUUGCACAGAUUUGUGAUAAACAUAUUUUUGACAAAAAAGCGACAUAUAUGUAUUGGUUAAUAGAGGACACAUCAUAUUCCAAGGCAUAUCGUCCAGGUGAUAACUGCUCACGAAAUUGAAUUAUUAACAUAAGCUCUUGUAAAUGAUAGUGUAAUCAAACAACGCAAUAGGUCAUUUUAAUUACGCCUGUUGCCCUUUCGUUGAGGAGCAUAGGCUGCUCACCAACAUUCUCCAUCCAACUCUGUCCUGGGCAAUCUUUUUCAGUUGCUAUUUAUCCUUUUGAUAUCCGCUUCCAUGACCAAGCUACGCAGAUUGCUCAUAUGGCGGUUAGAUUUUGACUACGAGGUUAAAUUUUCACUCGUUAUAUUAACUCUAGUGAUAAUAAUUAGUCAGUGAUUCAAUGCUUGAAACAUUUGACUAUCCCAAUUACUACUGAAUUGCAUAUUCAGACAACCACUUCACACCAAUUUCAAUGUAGAUAGUCAUGCAGUAAAUGUCAUUAGCCAGCCUUAUAGACAAAGUUAACUCUAAUCCACACUUACAUAUAUUGUGUAAAAUGUUAAUAGUAUUAUUGUCAUACUAUCAUCCAUAUUUGUUUGAGUAAAAUGAUAAAGAGAUUCAAAUUUACAGGUCAUUAAGUAAUCCUCAUGCAUUACACUCAUAUGGCCACGCGUAUAUAGC